CAGAAUCUUCUAAUCCUUUUUUAUUUUCCUGCAACCUCCCAUUUCCACAAUCGAACUAAACUUUUCUCCCCCCUCGCCCAAGAAAUUCCAAUCUCCGUACUCCAUAAAAUCGCUCACAUCCACUUCAUUAUUCAGCCAUGGAUGUUCUCGGUGUUAAUAAUCAAAUCAUCAAACCCAAGAGCCACAAAAACAAAAGAUCCAAAAAAGGUGUCAAAGUUGUGUACAUAUCAUCCCCCUUGAAGGUGAAGACGUGUGCCUCAAAUUUUAGAGCUCUUGUGCAAGAACUCACUGGAAAAGACUCCGACGCCGACGCCAACACCUCCGCCUCUCGCUUGGCGGAAAACCCACCUAGUUCUAAUAAGCUUGUUGAUGGGGUCGUCAAUUAUCAUUUGGGAGCAUCAACAGAAAGUUCUUCUCCCACAGUUUCUGCUUUAGAAAUGGAAUUUAUUGAUGAUGUGUUUAUGCAGCACAAAGGAAGUUUCUUGGGAAUGUUUACUUCAAACGUUUUUAGUGAUUCGCCUUAUUCAGUAUAAAAUUUUUCAUUAACUCUAGAUCUUCGUAUUUGAUCUUAUGUUGAUGUAAUUUUAUCGUGUUCCUUAGUUUACAUUAUUAAUUAUAUAAUUUGUGCAUGGAUUUAA